AUAUACGCCUUUAUCGUGGAGGAAUAAAAAGGAACAAAGAUACCAGAAAAUAUCAUAAAUUUUUAACAGAUCGGGAUAUGCUAGUCGGUGAAGAGUUAUUACGCCGUGGUAUACUACAGAGCGGUUUAAGUACUACAAGGCUUGAUGAGCUUAUGAAAGAAUGGGAAGGAAUCCAUACACAAUUUAUACGAAUUUUCUCUCCAGACGGAUAA